AUGCUCAUCCGAGCUCCCAAAGUUCUGGAAGAGUUAAAGAUAUCUACCGGCAGUUUAUGGGCACUAGACACAGGAAUGUUUGACAUGCCGUGUAAAACAAUCGGGAAGAGUCUUCUACAGCACAGAAGCACUCUGAGAAUCCUGGAUCUUGAUGUCUUGUUCGAUCACGGCGAGGACAGAAGUCGGGAAGAAUUUUCAGAUCAGUUCCUUUCACAGAGCGAAGAAGAGUACUUCAAGCUUGACAAAGAAUCAAGUAAGGUUCCAUUCUGGCUGGACGACAUACCGGACGACCGUUCCUAUUGCUUGACUAUUGGUUCACUACACGAUUUCAACGCCAUGACUCACCUCAGUAUCGGAACAAGUGCUCUCCUAGGCCCAUCAUAUGAAGUCCAAGAGCCACCGUUCCGACUUGAAGAUGCUCUGCCGCUCAGCUUGGAGUAUUUGCGUCUUUGCGGGUGCGUCAAAGGGGAGAAUAAGAAGCUGGAUAGCCACGUUAAAUAG